GAUAUAUGUACUGUCAAACAAAGAGGGCAACAAUGCGCGACAAAGGACAGAUAUAUACAUAUAUAUGCUCGUGUUAGAGACAAGGAGAACAAUAGUAUACGAUGAAGACAGCAAUAGAGACAGUAUGUAUUAUGAUCGAAGUAUUAGUUGGAAUCACAGAUGGAUAGGGAGAUCACCAAUGCAAUUAGUUAAGAAGUCAGCCAAAAAGUGCCCACUAAGAAUAAGUGUCUUUAACAACCAAUAACCGAGCUAUACGCAUAUUUCUUUCCGGGGCUCUUGGCGGGAGAAACGUGUGUAUGUACGGCGAGAGAGAAAAAGAAAACAUGCAUUCGAACCGCGGCGGCUAGAGAAGGCUACACCAUUUUAUAAUUUGAAUUUGGCGCGGGUUAUUUCAUGCAGUCUUCAGCAGAGGGAGUAUGCAUACGGUGUCACGAAAAUGAUAGUUACAUGUCACAACAUUAGUAGUCAUGACUCUCCUGUCACGUGUAAACGUAUCAACAUGUACGUGAAAUAAAGAUAUUGUACGUACCUAUAAUAAAAGAUCUGGUAAAAAAGAAGAAAAAUCAGCAUGUUUCCGUUGCGGCAAAUACUACGAUGUGGAACGCGACUGGUGUUUACGAGAGAACCUAUAAAUUUAUGUCAGGUUCAAUUGAUUUCGAAAGAUAAACUUGAUGUCAGUCUACACAAACCAAUUUUUAUACGGAUGAACACGAAUCUUAGCAAAUUAUCGGAAGAAAACAAAGAAGAAGAUUCUAACAAACAUAUUCUCGGCAAAGUUGUAGGAAAACUAAAGGUAAUGUUUACAUGUAAAAGAUGUAACUAUCGAAAUGGGAAAGUUAUAUCGAAACUAGCAUACGAAAAAGGAGUAGUUAUAAUUCGCUGUGACGGCUGCAAGAAUAAUCACUUAAUUGCUGAUAAUCUUGGGUGGUUCGAGGAAUUAAAGAACAAAAGGAAUAUCGAAAAACUAUUAGCGGCAAAAGGAGAGACCGUACGAAAAAUUCAAAAUGAUGUUGAUGGAUAUCUCGAGGCUGUCACUAAAGAGGAAUAUAAUUUGAUUCAACAUAAUAAAGAAAGAGAACAGCGUUUAAUAGAAGAGCAAAAUGAAACACACGAUCAAAAUAAGAAGGUUAAAUCUACAGAAGAAUCGUAGGAAAUGUUGUUCAGAAAGCGGAGUUUUUAUUUUGACAAAAUAGACAUAAAUAUAUCUAAAUAAAUGUAAAUACC